UGCGACUGCGACGACGACGAUGAGCCGUCUUACGCUGUUAUUACCGCUGCUGCCCCUAGUUUUCGCGUUCUCAAAUACUUCCCCUCUUGUUGCUUGGUCUUCACAUCGUUCGACUGCUCUCGACCGACUUCCUCUGAAAGAACUAAAUACCCAUUCUCAUGUUUUGGAGUCAGUCAUUAGCGGGGACGACAUAUGUUUUCCUGAUGCUUUAGUCAUCGUUGAGCACCCUGGACUGCAUGCUUCAGACCUUCGAAAUCUUCCCAGAAGCUCGCAUAUCGCUCGUUCGCUCUCCUCUUCACCCUCCUCUCGCCAAUUUGCAUACCUUUCAUCUUCAUCACACGAUUUCGACUUGGCAAGUUUCGCGGAGUCCGUCUCAUACAGGUGCAACUCCAAGCUUGUAUACACCACGCCAGGUCAGGGUGUGGAGCUGAAAGGGAGCGAAAAGUCGGUAAUCAUCCUGAGUUUGCCUCUUUUGGAAUUCAAGGGAGCAUACAACAGAAAGAGUGCCAUGCUCGAAACCGACUUCCUACUUUCAUCGGUACUCUCCACCCUUCCGUUCGACAACCAUCUUAUCAUUUACACCGGCUCACAUUCACCCCAUUCCAAGCGACAAGCUGAACUCGACGACAACGGAAAUUUGAUUCCUGAUCGCCCAGUCCUUGACCUUUCACCGUCAUCAGCCUCGGUCGCGCCCAAGAAUCUCAAAGGAGGAAUUCUGCACCGCUAUCAACUCCUCACUCCAGGUCUGAUUAUCAUCUUGGCCAUCGUUCUCUUCCUCUUCCUUCCUGUCUUGUAUUUUGGUAUCUCAGCUUUGGCAAGCAUUCAGAGCCCUCUUCGGAUCGAGGUUGCUCCGAAGGGUUUCAAUGCUAGUGACAAAAAGAAUCAGUAGUUUGACUUUUUAUCGGUAGAGAUACCGUAUGGGCUGUAGUUUCUGCACAAAUAAUUCACUCCGAUAAUCCCGUUUUACA